GCCGAAUGCGUGCGCACUCUGACGGUGAGGUCAGAAACCUCCACGGAAGUGGAUAAGGAAAAUGAGGCAAAAUGCAAAUCUACUUCCGAUAAUGAAUUAUUACUGAUCAGCUCAAAAUCAUGUUUACAAGCUCGUGACAACACUACCAACAGGAAUGAGCUUCAUGAGAAAAAUGCUGCCAUCAAGGUCAGGGCAGCAAGGGGAGGGAAGUCACCAAGGAGGGGGACCAGACACCACCCUGGGACUAAUGCAUCUGCGAAAACUGUUUGCCGAGUUCCGUCACCCAUCAUCUAAGGUUACACAAAAAGAACAGGAGGACAAGUUGUACAACAUGCUGCCAUUAUUUUGCAAGGUGUUCGAGAAUGCACCUUCUUCAGACAUGACAGAAAAAUGGGGAGAUAUUCUUCAGUUCUGUAGCCAUGUGUCAAAACUAAUGGUGACUGAAAUCAGGCGGCGAGCUUCAAACCAGUCCACAGAAGCAGCCAGUAGAGCUAUUGUGGAUCUGCUGGAGAUUGAAUCAUCAGUGGAGAAUGGGAAUGGAUGGAUGCUUCUGAGCACUGUCAACCUUCUUUCAUUGGGCGGACAGGCUCUUAUUGACUGUAUGACAGCAGCAUCACUGCCUUCUACUUUAGUUAAAUGCCUCUACCUGUUUUUUGACCUGCCCCAAGUGGAAGGAGGAGAUGCAUUGUCUUCUGGCUGUCAGUUUACACCCAAUGAGCGACGCAUUUUACUCCAGAAAGUCUUUGUGCAGGUGCUUGUGCGACUUUGUAAUUAUGUAUCCCCUGCGGAGGAGCUAGCACGAAAGGAUGAUCUGAGCCUCCUGUUCAGUGCCAUCACUAGCUGGUGCUUGCCACACAAUGCACUUUGGCGACAAUCUGCUGGCGAAGUUCUGGUCACACUCUCUCGCCAUGGUCUGACGCCAAGCGUUGUCAAGUAUAUUCAUGAUAAAGGCUGCGUGAGGCGAUGCAUUGAGAACAUGCAGAGGGCACAGGAUUUGUCUCCGUUAGAACUUGUAGAAAUGUUUGUUACAGUCUUCUGCUUUCUCAAAGAUUCCAGUGAGGUCUCACAGACUCUGCUGGAUGACUUUCGUACCAGUCAGGGUUACAUCUUCCUUUCAGAGUUUUUGCUCAGGCUAGAAAAGGAUGAGAAAGAAGAAUCUGUGCAGGCUUUGAGAAAUUUGGUUUUAUUGGUGGGUUCCCUGACUACAUGUGGUUUCACAGAGCUUCGACCUCCAGCUUCCAAUUCUGGCUCACUGUUUCAAAUUCCCGGUUUUGUUGUUCCUCAGCCUGCUGGCAAAGGUGUCAGUGUGCGAAAUAUACAGGCAUUUCAAGUUCUUCAAUCAGUAUUUAUUAAGGCUGAGACCACACAGCUGUGUAGUACCAUUCUGGAUGUACUGAGCAGUAUAUAUCAACAGGAUCCAGCCAAUUAUUUCAUUCUUGAAUCACAAAACACUCUUUCACAGUUUGCAGAGAAGAUUUUCUUGAAGCCUGUUGAUAUUCAGGUGAAGUUCUUUGAAUUGCUGGAGUUCGUUGUAGUCAACCUGAAUUUUGUACCAUGCAAGGAGCUCAUCAGCCUCAGCAUUCUUAUCAAGACACAAAAUUGUUUGCAGAACAGCAUUCUGUGUAUGAAGACACUUCUUCGAAUCUUAAGAUACCAUUGUGUCUAUCGAGAUGUAUUCCGAGAAGUGGGUAUACUAGAGGUGAUGGUGACCUGUCUACAUCGCUAUGCUGCCCACCUGAAAGAAAUUCACAGUGGCCCCUCUUUGGGAGAAGAAGGAACCAUUUCAGAGGAGCAGCAGGAGAUGGGUCAUCUCACCAUGGAGGCUCUGGCUGUGCUUCUUAGUGGUAACAGUGGAAAUGCAGGUGUAUUUCAUCAGUGUGGGGGAGCCAGGUGUGCACACAACAUGGUUCCUUAUCCAGAAUGUCGACAGCAUGCCCUCAACAUCGUGCAGCAGCUGGUACUUUCUCCUGGUGGAGAUGACGAUAUGGGCACAUUGCUGGGUCUCAUGCCCACAGCACUUGUUACUGAUCUGGAGCUCAAAACACACAUACUUAAGUCAUUGCUGAAUGUACUGAGGGAGAGCCACCGUACGAGAACAGUAUUCCGUAAGGUUGGUGGCUUUGUCUACGUCAUGUCUGUACUGGUCUCCAUGGAGGGUAGCCUAGAAGAUCCUCCAAAGGCACCUUGGCAUACAGUGUCAAGGAAAGAUGUGCUGAUGAUGCUGCAUACAGUUUUUAGCACUCUGACUGUUGCUAUGCGAUAUGAGCCUGCCAAUGCCAAGUUCUUCGCUACAGAGGUUCGGUAUGACAGUCUGACAGAAGCAGUAAGGCUCCUUGGAUGUUUCUCUGGGACUAUGGACUUUCCAGCUGCUGCAGAAGGCAGUAUCCAUGAACCAGAUUCUGAUGUACAUGAUACAUUUUCAGAACUUUUUUCACAUGGAAAAGAAGAAAAACUGAAAAUGUCUGUACCACCUAUGCUGUACUCAGCCUGCAUAAUGCUGCGGUACCUCUAUGACAUGUCUCUUGAUGCUUUUGACAGACCAAGUCACCUACGUGCAGACUCACCAUGCCUUCGCAAACAUACAUCAGUUGGAGAGGAGAGUUCUGCAGGGGAAAAAACUGCACCAGCUCGUCCCAAGCGAAGCAGCACCGGCAGCAUGGGUCUCAAUCUCAAUGGGCAACCUGAUCCAGUGGUGGUGCAUGCUGGUGCUGUUCUCUCCAUUUUUCACCUUUUGCCAGCUGUGGAGCACCAAGACCAAAAGAUGUCUUUGGAACUGCAGCUGUUUAUGGCAUACAUGUUAAAAUCCUUGCUGAAAACUGAACGCAACCAGCAAAUCCUGUGUGAUAGUGGUCUGCCUCAUGAGUUGUUGAGUCAUGCCAGCGCUUCUUUAGCUGACGAGGCUCAUCCACUGCAUCCACCAUUGCAGCACAUGUUUGAAAGGCUUGCAUCACAGUCGCUUACUCCUCGAGAUCUGAGGGACUUCUUGCGUCUGGGCUCCCCUUUGAGCUGUCGGUCUGUGGAGGAGGCAUACCAAGAUCAGAGUAGCCUGCCCUGGCAUGAUCCUGAUGUCAUCAAUUGGUCAGUUGGCAUGGAGGAAAAACAAGCAACUGUCGAAACUGAGCGCAAACUAAAGUCUACUGGAGGGACUGUGCCUCUGACUAGGGUCAAGUGUCUUGUGUCUAUGACAACACCAAGAGACGCUAGAAUGCAUGGGGCAUCUGUGACACCAGCAUUUGUUGAGUUUGACAUGUCAGCAGAAGGCUUUGCUUGUCUGUACUUGCCUAGCAUCGCCCCACAGGGGCCUCCGACACCUUCUGUCGUUGGAGGUGUAGUGGGAACUUCAGAACCUGCUGUAAUAGGAGGAAUUGGAACAGGUGAGCGUGUAUUUCCCCCUCAGUCUGGCCUGACCUUGUCCACAUGGUUUUGCGUGGAUAAGUUCAGUCACUCCGGCCAAGAUGGCCAUCCAGUGCGUCUCCUCACAGUGGUGCGCAAUAUCCAGGGUCGUGAAGAGAAUCUCAUCUGCCUCAGUGUUAUCCUCACAUCUCGUGACCGAGCCCUCAUUGUUACCACACAAGAGUCAUAUAUGCCUGUUUCUGGCAAUGGAUGCGAGCUUGAGCAGGACCCAGCCCUGACUGACAAUACUGUACGUUUUUGGUGUCCUGAACUGACACAAGAAGGACAGUGGCAUCACCUUGUGCUCAUUUUUCACCGUGCUGGGAUCAUGAAGAACAGUAGCGUCAGUCUCUUUGUGGACGGGGAACAUGUAGACACUCAAAAGUUGCACUAUAUCUCACCCAACCUUGGUGGUGGUGGGACAGCCAGCCCCUCAGCCUUCACGUCUGUGUUUGCCUACAUCGGCUCUCCACCAAUGCUUCGUCGCCAGUCACGGCUGUCAUGGCGCCAGGGUCCAUUUUAUCUUUUGGAAGAUAUUGUAUCUUCUGCUGUUGUGUCCAGCAUCUACCACUUGGGGCCUACUUAUGUUGGCAGUCUACAAGCACCCCUUUCAGAAGAGAACGAGCUUUGUGGCCCCUUCAUCACAGAGGAGAAAGUGAUGCUUGCAGUACAUGCCCAUGCCAUGUGUCAGUUAACCGUGGCCAAAGUGCGCAAAGUAUACAACAAAGUAGACAGCAAGUCCAUUGCUAAACAACUGGCUAUGUCGGCCCAUGAGAAUGCUACACCCAUCAGGAUUUUGCACAAUGCUGCAGGACACUUGGCAGGUCCAGCUCGUAGCUUGGGGGCAGUCCUCAUGGGAUACCUUGGUGUGAGAACAUUUUGCCCCAAACCAGUUGCACCCAUGCUUGAGAAUGUUGGUGGUACAUCAUGCCUGCUAGGGCUGAUUGCUAUGGCAAAUGAUGUGGAAGGGUUAUAUGCAGCUGUAAAGGCCUUGGUUUGCGUUGUCCGUAGCAACCAUGCUUCCAGGUGGGACAUGGAUCGCAUCCGUGGAUACCAGCUGCUGGCCAUGCUAUACAAAAAAAAGCAAUCCCUGCUGAACAGUCACAUCCUGCACCUGACCUUCUCCCUGGUUGGCUCACUUGACUCAGGUCGAGAAAGUGCCAUCAUUCCCAACAAAGUUGCCUUUGAAGAUCUGCUCUGUGAGUUGGAGGUAUGGCACAAAGCCCCUGGUGAUCUUCAGCGUUCACUGUAUGAGCAUUUUUAUGAAUUGCUGACCGAUUCGAGUGAACAGAAAACAAACUGUGAGUUGAUGCGGGACAUGGGGCUGGUUACCAAGCUUCUGAACAUACUUCGUGACAUACACUUGUCCCUUCCUACUAUUCAAACCAUUGCUAGUGUUGUCUGUGAGCUUCUGACUGGGGCACCAGAUCCACAUGGAAUUCUUCGCCUUGGCUACUUCCUGGUAUCCACUUUACCACCAGUGACAUUUGCUGAACGGUCACUUGACCUUCAGAAUGAAGCUGCAUCUGACUCUGCACAGACAGAGAGCACCGCCAGUGGGGACUGGCACCAGCAGAGCAGCGUACAGAGCUACACUGCAGCAGAUAGCAGUACUGCCACAAGAAUCCAUAAUGUCAAGGUACGGAAUAUUCUUCUGGAGCUUGUACAAAAACUGGUUUUGCCUCGUGGAGCAGUUUCUAUCAAUCAGAUCAUGUGUGAGGAACUGCAAAGGAUUCUAGGAUUUGACUGGCUUCUCCUAUACCUCCAAGGUCACCUCCAUGCUACGACUGUCAAGCUAGCCAUGAAAGUUCUUGUCACUAUGCUGCGAAAUCAGGAGAAUGUUCGAAGAUUUCGUGAGGGAAUUGGGCGAGGGGGCUGGCUAGGUGGAACAGAAAACAUUCUCAAGAACCAAAUGGCCAUUAUGCCUGGUUUCAAUGUUGGCACUGGGACCAAAGAGAGCGGCCAUGAGGUGAACAUGGAGGUGUGCAGUGUGCCAGGAUUCCAGGUGUUACAGUGGUUGUUGCCACGACACACCAGCAUCUCUGCCAUCCACUUCCUGUUGAUGAAACUUCUGCUGGGAAUACAUGAUCAUGCCUUGUCUUCAGAUUUAGAUGUGCCGUUGAGCCUGGAUGCAGUAUGGACUGUAAUAUUUGGUGUACCUGCUAGCAAGCCAGUGGUGGUGUUAUCCAGGGAUCAGGUUGACUUGUGUCCAGAUGCAGCCAUGAUUAUCUUGUCUAUGGUGCGCAGCAUGCUAAACCAGCUGCCAGCAGAUGAAUGUAUCGGCUCUACCAGUUCCACCAGCAUGGCCAGUGCUGCUGACAACACAGAGGAUCGGCCUGUGACCUUGAUUCAGUUCCUGAUGUAUUUGUAUCACAAUCUGGCCGACUUCCGUACGCUUUGCAUGGCAGGAGAGUUCAUAACCAUGCUUGUGGCCACCCUGUUUCCAUACCCCAUUCCAGAUUUUAGCAGUGAUGUCACUACACCCAAUGAAGAAUUUAAGCCAUUUCCUGAUUCUGACCCAGUUGUAGUGGUAAAACCACUAGACAAAGAAAACACCACUAGCCUGACGUCCCAUCCGGCCAAGCGUUUCAUCAUUGACUUCCUGCGCACAAUUGUCAUUGACAGCUUUUCUCAACAGACCACAAAGCUGGGGGCUGUGCUGGAUGUUAUGCUGGAGGCAGCUCCUGACCAUGCCAGCCGUGCCCAACAGAAAGAAUUCCAGACAGCAAUGUUGUCAGUGCUGAUGGAACACUUAUUAGCUGCCGAUGUCUUGCUGGGUGAACAGGCAGCUCUUCCACUCACCAGCUCAAGUGCUUACACUACCACAGCAAAUAGCGUAUUCUACUUUGCCUCACGUGUUGUUGAUAAACUUUGGCAUGGUGUUUUUGUACGGGAUGCCAAAGAAGUCUUUGAUUUCAUAAGCAAGCUGAUUUCACAGUCCAAAAGAAAAUCAUCUGGUGUGUCCCUUGAUGGCAUCUACAAGAGCUUGAACAGAACAGUGCUGUUCCAGCUGUCACGUCCAAUUGACAGUGUGGCCAGUCAAGCUGGAGUCUUGGAGGCACUGCAUACUCUCACCAAUAACCGCAGUUUGGUCUUUGGACCUAGCAACUAUGACCAAGAGUUUUUUGGCUGCCUCUGCUUUUGUCUGUUGCACCUGACAGAGGACCCAGAAAUAAGGUCAAACAGCCUGAAUGAGCGGUCAGCUCAAAUGUCUACCUGGCAUGUUGAUUCUGUGGACUUCAGUCUUGUUGGUGAGGAUGGAGGUCCUGGCUCUAAAAGCAGUCAUCCCAUAGCACCAGCUAGUGGACCAGAAACUCUACGUAGUGAGCCCCUGAAUGCAGCCCUUAGGGAGGGCAUGCAGCUGGUGGCCAAGGCAGCUCACAGGGUGUGGGAUGAGCUGUAUAUCUGCAAAAAGCCAGCCUUGGAAGAUAUUUUCAAGACACAAUUGAACAACAUCAACAGCAACACCCAUUCCAUUACCACUCCUGAGCUCAACACAGUCAAACCGCUCAUUCAAGAGACUGCGUCCAAGAUGUGGGUGACCUAUGCUGAGAAUGAGCGAAAGUCAUCAUACUUGCAGUCUGAGAAACUUCAGAACCAGAUACAGUCGAAGCUUCAGAGGAUGGGAAGCGGAGUCCUGCGAUUGGCAUCACGCAAAACUCGGAGAGAUUUGCCACUUAAGGCAUCUCCGGUCUCCAGUGUCCACAUGGGUGACUUCAUGAUGUGGACAGCAAGUCAUGUAGACCUUGUAAAAGAGGUGGUGACUUUCCAGUUCGAGCAAUACAUGCAGAGCCAAAAAUACAUGGAGCGGUACCUGCUAGAGGAAUGGCAGCAGGUGGAGAAAGAACUUCUCAGGGAGCGCAGCAUCUGGGGGCCUACAGCUGGAUCACGCCUUCAGCGCUGGAUGCUGGACAUGACAGAAGGUCCAGGGAGAAUGAGAAAAAAGAUGACAAAGAAUGAGAUGUUCUACAUCCACUAUCCAUACCGGCCUGACCUAGAGGACAAUCCUCUACGAUACAAGGUGGCCAUCAGCUUCGACAGUCGUGAAUAUUAUGAAAAUUUCCGCCCUCAGGGUAUCCUCUGUCACGAGGCUUUGCCAAUUCAGCGAACAUCUGAAGCCGAUCUGUUGUCUUCUGAUGCUGACCAGGCAUCCCAGCUUGCCUGAAGUGUGAAUCAUAUGCGGAAGCUGCUGCCCCGCUCUGCCAGCACCAAGUCAGGAGCGGAUGAGGAGGAGAAUGAUGAGGCAGGUGCACUGGAUGUCAACUCUCACGCAGGAGAGACAGGUGGGGAAACAGGUGGGGACACAAUAGUGGAAGGAAACACAGAUGGUCCUGGAGAUCUGCAGCAAGAGGAACCAACUCCAUCUACUGCAAAGUCUGAUAACCAGACAAUCAUGCGCUUCUUGGGUGACAGGGAAAAGAUCAGCCAUAUGUUUCGCUGUGCAAGAAUACAAGGUCUGGAUACAGCAGAAGGUCUUCUGCUGUUUGGCCGAGAACAUUUCUACAUCAUUGAUGGAUUCACGCUUCUUCGAACCAAAGAGAUCAAAGAUAUUGACAGUUUGCCUUAUGAAAUUCAUGAUCCCAUUAUUCCGAAGUCCUCAAUGGGAUCAAGCGGACAAGCUAAGAGACUGUAUAGUAAGUUUGCCUAUGAUGACAUUCGUGAAGUCCACAAACGUCGGUACUUGCUGCAGCCCAUUGCCAUUGAAGUCUUCUCUGGUGAUGGUCGCAACCACUUACUGGCAUUCCCUCGCAAGAUAAGGAACAAAGUCUUUGGCAAAUUUUUGUCAGUGGGUACAGCAAUAACAGACAAUGCUCAACAUUCUGUGUCCGGUCAGCGCCAGAAUGCCAAAGUGGAGUCAGGAGGUGGGUUGAUCAGCAGUCUCAUUGGCGAGAAGUCAGUCACACAACGCUGGGAAAAAGGAGAGAUUAACAACUUUCAGUACCUCAUGCACCUCAACACCCUGGCAGGGCGUUCGUACAAUGACCUUAUGCAGUACCCAGUCUUUCCCUGGGUUAUUGCUGACUAUGACAGUCCCGAGCUAGACUUCAGCCAGCCAUCCACAUUCCGUGACUUCUCUAAGCCCAUGGGUGCACAGACACCAGAACGACUAAAACAGUUUCAGAAACGCUACAAUGAAUGGGAUGAUCCACAGGGUGAGACACCACCAUAUCAUUAUGGAACACACUAUUCUUCUGCCAUGAUUGUGGCAUCCUAUCUGGUUCGCAUGGAGCCCUUUACACAGCACUUCCUUAAGCUGCAGGGUGGCCACUUUGAUUUGGCAGAUCGCAUGUUUCACAGUGUGCGGGAGAACUGGCUAUCUGCUGCAAAGCACAAUAUGGCUGAUGUAAAAGAACUUAUUCCAGAGUUCUUCUACCUUCCAGAUUUCCUGCUGAACAAGAAUAAUUUUGAUCUUGGCUGCAAGCAGAAUGGAGUGCAGUUGAAUGAUGUCAUUUUACCCCCUUGGGCAAAAGGGGAUGCCAGAGAGUUUAUCCGCAUCCACCGUCAGGCUUUGGAGAGCGAUUAUGUGAGUGCCCAUUUGCAUGAGUGGAUAGAUCUGAUAUUUGGCUGCAAGCAGCGAGGACAAGCCGCAGUGGAGGCCAAUAAUGUCUUUCAUUACCUCUUCUACGAGGGGAAUGUUGAUAUCUACAGCAUUCAGGAUCCUCUGAAAAAGAACGCAACAAUAGGGUUUAUCAACAACUUUGGACAGAUCCCAAAGCAGUUGUUCAAAAAGUCCCACCCACCAAAGCGCCUGAGUGCAAGGCUUCUGGAGACUCUCCCAAUGUGUGCUGCCACAGGCACAGCAACUGACCUGCGCCUCUUCUUCCACCAUGUAGACAACCUGAAGCCUGCCAUGCAACCUAUAAAAGAACUGAAGACUGCAGUGGGUCAGAUUAUCCACACAGAUCGCUAUGUCCUAGCAGUGGAGCAGAAUAAAGUGUUGAUUCCUCCCAAUUAUAGCCGCUAUCUGGCCUGGGGUUUUGGUGACCUUAGCCUUCGCAUUGGACCAUACGAGUCAGAGAAGGCCUUAGCCAUCUUUGAAGGACUAGACAAUGGAGAAAUACUUUGUGCUUCAUGCCCAAAUGACAAGAUCUUUGUCACAGGAGGCACCAGUUGUGUGGUACGUGUCUGGGAAUAUUCAGCCAAAGAUCGCCGAGCAACUUUAAAACAACCUCUGUAUGGUCACACAGAUCCGGUCACCUGCCUGACUACGUCUCCAGCUUACAAUGUGAUUGUAACAGGCUCUCGUGACCGCACAUGCAUCAUCUGGGACAUGAGUCGUCUCAUCUAUGUUCAUCAGCUUCGAGGGCAUGUGGCACCAGUAGCAGCCGUAUGUGUGAAUGACUUGACAGGUGAUAUUGCUACAUGUGCUGGAACAUACCUUCAUUUGUGGAACAUCAAUGGUGAGGCCAUAGCAAGUAUCAACACGGCUACUGCUCGGACCCAGCAGAUUCUCUGUGUUGCAAUGUCUCAGUUUAUGGAGUGGGAUGCACAGAACGUGAUUCUAACAGGCAGCAGUGAUGGUGUUGUCAGGAUGUGGAGCGUGGAAUAUGUACAAGUUCCGGAAGAAAAGGAAGCCAGUUCUGUAGCAUCCAAGUCUUCAGAAGCAGUGUUUUCUUCAGAAAGCAAGGCAGAAGCUACAGCCAGUGCCAGCCAGUCAAUUCAGGUACGCAAGAUGUCUCGUCAUGAGUCCUGCGACAGCUAUGCCAGUGAAGAGCGGUCUGCUGUUGACCUGUUGAAGGACUUUAAAGAUCCUGAUUACCUGGCUGCCCGAGAGUGUGAACUAGGCUCCUCUGGUGAGCAAGACAGCCCCCUUACUCAACGCAUGAAAUCACAAGAAGCACAAGGUCAAGGGACACAGUGGGAUGAGCGAGUAAGCACUGAAUACCAUAGUGGAGAAGUCAGCGCAACCAGCAGUCUCAGUGACUUGUGUACUCCUGGUGACCCUGGUGCAGACUGGGAGAACGUCAGCAUGAAGUCUGGAACUGCAUCUGUCGAUACUGGCAUGGAUGCUCUUGCUGUCCUCGGCGAGGGCAGUGAGGGAGAACUGGAUCAAGGGAGACAACUUAGCAGCCUGUCUGAGCCUUGCUUGUCUGGAGUGCUUAGCCAGGGCCCCAUCCCAGGAAUUCAGAGUGGGUCACAGGUCAAAGGUGACCAGGCAGCAGCUGCCAGUGCUGAGACAGAUAUUUGCAAUAAAGACAAAAGUGCCACAGCCUCAAGCACUGUGGAAUCUAGUGGGAACACACCGGUGGUAUCCUUACUUGGGCACAAGCUGGCAGAAGAGCUUAUGACUAAACACAGGCCCUUCAGCAAAAAUAUUCUAAGGGAAGGCUUCAGGUGGCAACGUCAGCUAGUGUUCCGCAGUAAACUGACAAUGCAUACAGCAUUUGAACGCAAAGACAACAAAGAGCCUGCAGCAGUAACAGCCAUUGCAAUUUCAAAGGACCACAAAACUGUAUAUGUUGGGGAUGCUCGUGGUCGUGUUUUCAACUGGACAGUGACUGACCAGCCUGGCCGUGUGGUAGCAGAUCACUGGAUGAAAGAUGAUGGAGCAGAAAAUUGUCCUGUCUGCAGUGUCCGUUUCUCUUUUGCUGAGCGGCGGCAUCACUGUCGGAACUGUGGAAAGGUCUUUUGUUCUAAGUGCAGUCGUUAUGAAACAGAAAUUCGUCGCCUGCGAAUUCUGAAACCUGUGCGAGUAUGUCUUUCCUGCUAUAAUACUCUGCGUGCACAGCAGGUGCUUGAAGGCAUGGCCAGCAGUCGAUCUUGAAGGUCACUAUAUCGGCUUUUGCUGGAACUGCAAAUAAAAAAUAAAAGGUCGUCUUCAAAGUUUCCCUGUCUUUAACACCAUGAUGUCUGAGCUUCAUGUUUUUAUGACAUAGCAAAUAGAUCUUGGUAUAUUUGAAGGAUGUAGAUUUCUGUAGUAGCAAUGAUUGCAUGGUGUAAAGUAAAUGUUGAUUACUUGAAAUCUACACCUUUCUCAGCUGGUCAUCCUUGUCUUGCUGUAUGUGAUUAGGUAACAGUAAGGUAGGACUACAGUCAAGAACAAGAAGGCCUACUAUAAAGAACAAGAAGACAUCAUCACUAAAUUCUUCUGAAUCGGUCACCCUUUUUGGAUUUGCUUUAUAGCUCUUAGUAUUUGGCAAUGUUCAUGUAGUCACAUAUGUGAUAAAGAGCUAGCAUGCCGGGUAAAAAAAAAAAGAAAAUGAGCACACUUUUUGAUACAUGUAUGGCUCAUUUCAUGCUUUAUUUUGAAGCAUAGUAAGACAUGUGUCCAUCCUUGAAGAUUCUAUCAGUAUUGCCUUCAGGAAUUUGCAAGACUCAGGUCUCAAGUAGAGCGAAGCAGACAGUCUAAGUUGGGUUUGUACCUUUGUGGACAUUUGGGCCCAGUCAAGCUGUUGUUUUUUUGUUUUUGUUUUUUACCUACCUGCCUCACACUUGGCUGAUUACAGUGUCAUAGCAUUUUCCUGCCAGUGUGACUUUUGGUAGAAACUGUGAAUAGACAUUAUGUGCUUGUUGAAGGAUCGAUGCACAUGGUGGGAUCAUAGAAUGAAACUGUGUGCUAUAAGUUAAAUGUUGCAUGCUUCAAAUUUAUGGCACAUAUCAGUGAUAUUAUGUAUGCAUUUGUGUUUGUUUAUAGAACACCCUUAAGGAAAUUUAGUUAAAAUAACUAACAUCUAAUCUCUGAAUGCACUUUCUUUAACACUUAUUGUACACAUGUAUGCACAUGUUUGUGCAUAUGUAUGCAUAUGUAUGAGAAGGGGUGUAAGUAUUUGUAAACUCAAGUCAGUGGUACACUUUAUAAACAUAUUUAAUGCUGUUUCCUUGGCUCUUCUAAAAGAAAUAUAACCCUUGAAGGGUCAUAACAGUAUGCACUGGAAAGACACAGUCUUUGGUGAUGCCAUGUAUUUAGGCUGUGGUAAAGGAUACAUAUUGGUAUAGUAAGGGCACCACUGUGAUGUAUUAUUUUAAACCUGGUUACAGUAAUAUUAGCCACCCUUGUGUCAGCUGCACUAACUGUGAUUAAAGUUUUGGAAGGUGAGCAUAAUUCAGAAGUGUUUGGGGCUUUAUCGUUAGGAUUUGUUUGUCUUAGUUAUUUGAGCUCUCCUUUUUGAAUGAGUUUGUUCUUCGUGCCAGGAUAAGCUGAUUGUCACCUGUUGUUGAGUUUGUAUGGCCAAGUUAUCAGUUCUCUUAUAGAUUACCUUUUGAUGCUAUAGUUCAAUUAAUUGCAUCAGCAUCAUUAAGGAUUCUCUGUUCACCUCUGAUUAACAUGAAAUGUGACAUCUUUCAUAUGUCAUAUUAAACACAUCUGUAUCUGUGUGUGUUCCUGAACACGCUGAAUCACUAAUCACUGUCAAGCACAAUGCCUCGCUCAUAGAACUAGAUCGUUUCAGCCACUUAUAAUAGUCAGUUCAUUCGAUGCUUUAUUCUCAUGUAUGUCAGUUUGGAAUUCAACUCCCUUUUUCUAACAUUACAAUACAGUCUCUUUAACUAUGGACAUUUGCAUGUAGGAGUAACACCACUUGGAAUAUGGAGAUGUGUCAGUACUCCGUGUUAUUAACCAAAACCAUAUUAUGAAUGAAGACGGAUGUAGGUACAAUUAUCUUAACAUGUUUACUGCCAUACUUUUUGUUGAAGAAAAAUGUAAUGGAAAAAUGUAUGUGUGGUAGAAAGAGAAUCUUAUUUCCUGCUAAAAUUUUGACUAUAUUUAUUGUGAUGACUGCUUAAGCAGAGUAUGUUUUUAUCUGUGUUAAUUGGUUGUGAAAGCUGUAUGUCUGUAAAUUUUGUUUCUUAAAAUUUAAAACAAAACCACUUUAAAAAUGUUAAGAAUGUCUGUUUUUGAAAUUUCUUGUCAAGGAUGCCAUGUAGAAGCAUGCUCUUUGAUGCUAGUAUAAAAAUAUGUCUACAAGGGUAAAGUAUUCAAAUUACUUUAAGGAUUCUUUUAUUAUGUAGUGAGUGAAAGUGUACAGGAGGAAUGGAAUCUAUAUUUCUUAGGGAAGGAAGAAUUUUGCAUUCUGCAGAGCUUUGUCCAUACCAACAGAAAGAUCUAACAAAAAAAGUUGUAAUUUUUGUAUGCUAAAAUAUUUAUAAAAUCUCAAGAGGGAUUUUUAGCAUCUGACAUUUUAGCAGGUGGUGAUGUGAUAUCACAUACCUGUGAUGCAUUGCGUUGAUCAGCCAUUGACAACUUCUGCAGUCUUUCGGUAACUCCUGCAUCUUGUCUGUCCUGCUUGUAUGCUUAACCACAUUGAUAUUAAUCUCAUGGUGCAGAUCGAUCUGAUUUAUAAUUAUUGCUUGAACUGUUCCAGAUGUUGAUGUAUUAUUUUACUUCUUAUCAUGUAAUAAUUCAUUAUUACCGUAGUGGGAUGUAAUUUGUUUCAGCCUUUGUCCCCAAGUGGACCAUUUUGACUUGGAUGAAGUUGUAUUUAUUUGAUCAUCCAACAGUUCCAUUCCAUUACAGAUCAUAGUUCUCACUUUGAUGUAUGUAAGAUAUUGUCUGGUAAUCUUGCUCACUUUGUGUUGAUAUUUGCUGUCAUACAUUUGAGUCUUAAAACACAUGAGAGGAAGUCGGGCUUUUCAGUCUAAUAGCAAAUCUGUCCUAUCCACUCUUCCCUGUAACAGCCUCAGUGUACUAACACAAGGAGUUGUCUUUCCUAAGGCUUUUUUUUUUAAAGUCCUACAAAGCAUGACUUCAUUCUUUUUUUAUUUUAGCUGUUUGAAGAGCAUUCUCAAUCAUUACCAAAAUGUAAAAAUCUUAUAGGGAAAUAUGCUUACCAGCUUGAUAUACACUUAAUCUUUAGUAAUAUAAAGAGUGCAGUCAGAUGUUACAGGUACAGUACUAUACAAGCUGCUUUCUUCCAUUUCUUCCUUCUAUUUUGGGGGAAAGGGUUUUUUGAGGUGUGGGAAAAAGAAGUCAGCGGUUGGUUGAUUUGUGGUUUUUAUGGUUAGGAUUUGAGCAUUUAAACUUGUGAACCUCUGCAGUUCUCCAGUCUCUCCUGUUAGGGGCUGGCUGUGGCCAUAUUUCUUUCCCCAAGGACUGAAUAUAGGUCAGGAUAGCAGGAUGUUUCUUAUCACUGGAAACUUAGACAAGAAUAUGAUUAUUCAAGUUUAUCAUGAGCAUGCCAUGUAAUUUAUUUCUUUGUAAUGUUUGUGAUAAAAAUAACAACAUAUAUAUAUAUAUGUAAGUAUGUCAGUAUCAGUAGCAAAUGUUUACACGAAGUACAGUGGACAAUUACAUAGUUACUUAUUCAGAAGUUACUGGCAUUUCCAGAUUUUUUUUUUUCUUUGGUAUGAAAGCUUGCUGCAACUCUUAGCUAAGUGCACAUUACCGACCAUGAUUUUGAAUGCAGAAACAGAGAUAAAGAAAAUAGGACAAUCAGGUGCAUUAAUUUUUUAGUAUUUUUUCUUUUACUUCACCAGUUGACACAAAAUUAGUGGCCUGUGGUUUUUUGGCUAGUGAAAAGAAGCGUAAGAAAAUAUCUACCAGUAUGUUUACAGAUGUUUCCAUUUCAUAGACUUCAUAUCUAUGUUGUAUCUUUAAGCAUUAAGAACAUACAUCUGUGACAAGGGGGUCUGGGUAAAAUAUUAACAGACCUAGCCAUAGAUCUUGUCACAGAGGAUGAAAUCAUCUAGUCACUGAUUAUUGGUGGAAAAAGCUGAAAUGUGUUUUAUGUUUAAAUAUGAUGUAUGAAACAUUGUUGACAUGAUUUUGCAUCGUUGGCUCUUUAUUUGAGUAUGAUAUGUUGUUUGGACAAGGACUCUGGUAUAACUUUACCACUAUCAGCCAUUGAUAGAGCUGAUUCCCAAUAGUUUUGUAACCCUGUACACGUAAUUCUUUCCUUUUUAAAUGUAUAUAAGAACUAGAUUUAAAAGCAAUGGUACUAAAUCCUCUUCUGUUGAUGAUCUUUUUGUUGUACAUUGUGCAAUCUUUUGCACAUUUUCUCCCAGCAGACUUUGGGGGUGGAGUAAGUUGGGUUAGAGAGCUUUUGCAGUCACUUUACAGGACACUUGUGCUUGUAUCAUUUCAUGCUUAGUCUGAUGUCAAUCAACACAUAGAACAGUGGUUUAUACAUGCUAAUUUGUGUGUGUGUGUGAGAGAGAGAGAGAGAGAGAAUGCCUUUCACAAAAGCUCAUGAUUUAUAAUGGACUUUUUAAUGUCACUCUCCCAUGUAGUUUUCUCUUUUUCCAGAAUUUUUUAUGUGUACAGCAAAGGGGAAAAGAGUAACGCAUUCCACUUUUUUCCUUUGUAUGGUUUUACUUUUUUUCCGAAAAAAGAUUGUAAUGUAUAUUUGUCACCAUUUUCAUUCCUGAAGAUUUAUGUCACCAUAGCACAAUUUGCCUAGUAAGAGGCUUAAAACUACUUUUAUUUAAAGCAGUGAUAUUGGUGCCUGUGAGUGGUUGAUUGUUUAUCAUAGCAUCCACAGCAGAAGCUGUCUCAUGGAGAAGUUUGUUACCCUUCAGUACCAGAGCAAAGAUGCAGAAAGGACAAAACAGUAUCAUAGACUGCCAUGAUAUCUGCACUCUGCUUUGUCAAUAGUACCUGUGUAUCAGAACUUAUCAGUUGAGCAUUUUACAUGGAUUGUGGGUGUAUUAUUAUUAUUACAGCAGAAAAGUUCUGACAUAAAUGUAAAUGCUCUAAAAUUGAUGUUUAGAAGUCCUGUCACCAAGACUGUUACAAGCACUGGUAGUACCAUUGUUUAGCUGUGCAGAAAUAUGAGUCAGUAGAUAGUUCCUGUCUAGUCUUGAGCCCAUGAGAUGUUUAAGCAUAAUAACACAACAGCAAGAGCAAGCAAAGUACAGCUAGCAGAGCAUGAGCUAAAACCCCACUUUUGCAGCAGAAAGUGUGAGACUAAUUGGAGUGUGGUGUUGCUUAAGCUCCUACUCACAAAUUUUCCACUAAAAGCUGUAUUUUUUCCUGAUGUAUUUAUUGAACCAAAGGUUGGAAUCUGUGUACAUGAUUGCUUUGCCUUUGUUUGCUACUUCAGGCUACUGGAUGAAUGGAAGAAUAAAUGUAAUGUGCAAUAUGUUGUUAUGGUAUCUAUAUCUGUACUGCCAAUUUCCAUAUUAAAACAUCUGCAAGGUAUGCCAGUGUUUCCUAGUCAUCACAGCUUCUCUCUAGGCAAUGCAAGCUUUAAAAAUAGUGGAAAAUUCCUACUUGGCUGAGUAAUAUGGCUGUCUUAGUUGAGGAUAACAAAUCUGAUAAUGUUUGAAUGUUGGAUGUCAUGAGAAAGCUUUGAGAAAUGUGGACUUGUUUCUUAAAUAUGUGUAAGGGCAAUACAGGAACUGUGUGAGGUAUUAAGCCAAUUUUGAGCAUCAAUCACUUAUUUGACCCUCAUAAGCUGUUGUCAGAAACUGUAAACAGGACUCUUCAAAACUCUGCUGAGAGUGAGAGUGCUAAGCAUUAUGUCAUACUAACAGUGCACAUUUUCAGAACAGGUCUUGUGUGUAAUCUUCACUUGGGUCUGUAACAUUUUUCUAAAUUUGUAAUAUUCAUAUAGAUGUUUACUAUAUUAGUCAUAUUCACUUGCAUAGUGUACUAUUCACUUAGUCCAGAAGGAAUUUUGAUAGAAGAAAUAGGAAUCUGUGCAUUAGUUUUGUCAAUGCCUAUACUGCUAGAGGGACACUCGGGAAGUCCUAAGAUGCACCAUUUUUUUUUUUUUUAAUGCUUUGUGACAUUCAGUUUCUCAGUUAACCCAUUUGAGUUUGUUUAAAUAUUUAUAAAAUAUGCUUUCCAUGCACUCACACAUCCUUCAGACCCACCUGAAAAAAACAACUGGAUGCCCUUAAUUGAAAUCCUUGAAAACAAAUAUCCUUUUCAAUCAGACCUGCUAAUGAAAUGCAAGAACAUAACAAAAAUGGGACCAAGUAUGUGGAUGCAGGCAAAUGGAGAUCAGCUGUACAGUGACAUGGCAUGGCUGAACAACAGUGUCUGAGUUCACCAUAGCUCAGCUAUGGAGAGGUGAGCUACUGUCAAGAAGUGACAUUUAGAGCACCAGUUCAGCUGAUUUCUCCAAGAUACUGUUAAAGGUGAUUUCUAAGGUGGUGGCAAUGCAUCCAAUAUUUCAUAUGGCCUGUAAUGUGCAAUGUUUCCUACCUUUUAACUUUUUCAUUCAGUAUUUGGCCAACUGAUAUAGACUUGCCCAUUCAUAUAUAUUUGCUUGCCAUCGAGGUACCCAACUGCUGUACUGUUUACAUGAUUAUUGUAGUGAUGCACUAGUUAUUAUUGUCAGCCACAAAUUAUCUUACCAUGAUCCCAUCCUUUGGUGUUGUGACCAGAUCCGUGGCAACACCAACUAAACUAUAGCAGUUCUACUCACCACAAUUUCCGCAAUUCUAGAGCCUAUUGUCUAGCAUUUCUUGUUUUCCCAGCAUCCUGUCAAACUUUUAAAGCAUUUGUAAAGAAAGUUUUGUUUAAAAAACAUGAAGAUUUGACACAUGUAUUCGUUUUGUUUCAGAGAUAUUCUGUGCAAGACAGAUAUUAGAGUGUUGUCUAGGAUCAAACGGGGUGGGAGCUAUGAUCCAAUUGUCAAUUAAGUGUUGUAAUUUUUGUCUUUUAGUGUCCAAGACUUCCCAAGUGCCCUUCAUAUAUUUUUUGGAGGCUAAUAGAGGUACUGAUUUUAACAGUGUUAAAUAAAUGGCAUAGAGCUUUCCUGUUCACAAGUGUCCAUCAUCUCAGCUCCCGAAGAUAUCAGAUUUUAGUUUGACUGGUGUUAGAAGGCAGUAUUUGCUAUGUCACUUCUAGAAUUUUCCUGUGUUUUCUGUUGCAUUAAUGUUCUUUAUCUAGUUCUGCAAUAACCUUCAGAUCCACGAAAGCAGACGUUACAUGCAAUGCCCUCUGCUAUAGUAGCUCUAUACAACUGAUAAUGAUACACAGAACAUCCUUAUUAACAAAGCUUAUUAACAAAAUUUUUCUUUACUAGUGAACAUAAAAUAUUACUACUCUAUAUUGAUCAUGAGCUUUAAAUUAUGUUACUAAUUACACAUAACAUGAUUUUAGGCUGCCUUUUAAAAGUUUAAGAAGCUUCUACAAAAUGUCAACUAACUUAAAUUAUUUACUAAUGAUAAUCCCUUAUUCUAUUAUGUUCCUUAAACACCACCAUAAUUAUUAUUAACAGCAUAGCUUCCUGUCUUUUCUUAGUUUAUAUAGUAAUGGCUUCCAAGGCAGCACUGAGUGUUUAAAAUUCCUCAGUGCAACUAAAAACUAGGUGAAGGCGAUUGUAUUUUUUUGGUGAGUGCUAGUUUUCUUUUUUUUCCUGAGCGGGGUGGAAUCUAAACUUGGUAAAAUCAAUAAAAUUCGUUAAUGGAGCAAAGAACUGACCAUCAAUGUGCAAUACUUCAAUUUUAGAAAUUGUUGUUUAACAUGUCUUCAGUAAGUCAAGAUUAUAAUUGAGGACGAAAUACAAAUGCUUGGUUGGGUCAAGCCAUUACUAGAGAAUUCACUGCCGGCAGUUUACUGUAAUGGGUGAAAUACACUUCUCAAAAUGUGACCCACAUACCACUCUGUAGGAAUAAAGGCACUGUUCAGAA